AAUAGACGCAAGUGUCUGUGAGUUGUGCAAUGUUUGGUGAUAAUUUGAGAUAGAUACCAGUCACUAGUGUCACUCUUACAAUAUUUAAACGUCUAAUGAUGGAUGAUCUGAUCAAUUCGAUGAAUGAUCCUGUGGAUUCUUUUGAUUUUAAAUCAAUUAUUCCUUCUGUUGAUUCACUCUAUCGAGAUGAAGUUAGUAACUACUUUCAAUCAAUUGACACGAAAUUUGAUAAGGAAACAGAAACAAUCAAAGUUGAAAGCUGGAUAGAAUGGGCAAAGCGACUCAAAUAUCUAAAGCUGGUAAACACUGAUGUACCAGAUUGGAUAUUACCGAAAAAUUGCUCAGGGGAAUUAAUCGAUGCUAAAGUAUUUUGUGCCAGGGGACCUGAUGAUUCUAUUUAUGAUACAUACACAUUGGUCAGGGACCGGGUUGCAAGAGGAAACUGUUUCUUAAGGAUUACAAGAGGACCUAACAAAGGAUCAAGAUGUAUUCUGUAUGCUCUUAAAAAGUUUACUGGAGGCUUGGGGGAUGAUGAUGACAGAGACAAGGGAGAUAAUGUCACUUGGAAAAAAUAUUUUAUUAAACCUCUUGAUGCAGCCAAAAGAGUAGUAGCUACAAGAAAAGCAAAUGGAGAGGCUGCUCAUAUGAGCUGUAUACAACUUGAUGGCCAGUUUCUUAUAUGUGCUGGUUCUAAAAAUGUUCACAUACUUAUUAGAAAUAGAGGGGAUAUAUCAUUUUAUAAAGGAGACAGAUAUAGGAUAGCUUCUGAGGUUUGCCACUCAAUUAUGGAUUUUUUAGAAAAUAUGGAAGCAUCACAAAAAGAAAGGCUGUUGAGAUUUCUUGUUGUGACUAGGUUUACUGCUGUUUUUGAAAUAUUAUCACCAAAGCAUCAACAUGUUGAAAAUCUUUCAUACUUAGAUAAACCUGUAGUUAAAUUUAUAACAUGGACAUCUACAGAACUGGAGCCUAUGCCAGACCAGAAGCUCUGCACUGUGCCACCACACAUAGGAAUAGAGAUUGCAAAAGCUUUAGGCUUGUCAACAAUAGAUUAUGAAGUUAUUGGAAGUGAUGAUAUACAAAAAAGGAUGAAACAGAUUAGACAGGGCUACCAGUACGAGGGUGAAGUUCUUUACUUCUUAGAUGAGAGCAACAUUGUCAUAGGUUUACUUAAAAAGAAAACAGUUUGGUACAUAAUAUGCAGAGCUAUUCGAGAAAAAGCUCGUAGUUUUGGUGCUGCUGUCAUCAAGAACAAAAGUAGUUAUUCUGAUUCUAAAGCUAGAUCACAGGUAGAAAAACGGCUGAAAGAUAUACAAGAAUGGCUUGGGUUGAGUGAUUCAGUAAUAGCCCAGUGGAAGGAACUAGGAAUUGCCUUCAUUUCAUGGUGCAUCAAGCAGAUAGAAGCUGGUAUAUAUUCAAUGGAGGAUAUAGCAGAUAGAUUCCCUAUCAUUUGGAAAGAACAUUUAGAAACAAGUCAAAGCUCAGAUCAGAUCAAUGUAGACCAUGUAGAAUGUGAUGAAGUAACAGACUUAAUGGCAGCUGCUUCUAUUUAAUACGGACUAUUAUUUCACAUAUUGACUAAAGCAUAACGGCUACUCCUACACUUAUUUUAAGGUUUUACUUUGCUUGAAAGAAUGAUAUAGCCAGUUAUCAAGACAAUCACAAACUGGCCUAGUUCAGAUUUUAAAUCACUUGCUUUAUAAAUAUCCGUAAAUAUAGCUCAAAUUAACACCAUAAAGCCGGUUGUUGUUUUACAUUUUAUUAGAAAGUUCAAGUUAUCUUUACUGUAUUUAUUUAUUACUCUUAACUAAACUCUUCUCAAUGUUAUUCAAACGGGUGUUGUAUUUUCACAGCCUGAAACUGGCCUUUACAAAAUUCAA